CGUGAUCCCAGUGCAAUGCCCGCCCAUGUUCGGAAAAAUCUAUCAAUGCUCUACAGAUGAGACCGGGACAUCACGGAUCUUGACACUUGACGCAGAAGGUGAGAACAUCGACCGACCUUCUACAUUCAGCUGCUUUGUUCCCUUUGGCUAUCUCUAGACCCCUCUGAUUUUUCUGCGCGCUUAAACGGGGAUUAAAGUGCAUUUCUCGUUGUUUACAUGGCCAUUUUUACGUGCAAGCCGGCUGGUCCUGAAAUCUCCCAGAUCUUAUCUGUUCCACAGAUGGUAUAUCCUAUGGAGUCGCAGCAACUAACAAAUUUUGUUUUGUGAUGUGAUUAUAUGAUCAACAGGACAGCCUAAGAUCAUACACUGAUCUGCAGCGGAUUCCCAGUUGGUUUCUAAGCAGAGUUCCUCGAGCGCUUCUCACACUCAGAGUAUGAAUAUGGGGACGGAAGGUGCGGGAUUUCGACGUAGACCCCGUUGCAGGUCUGCGCAGUCGUGCCAGGUUUCAAAGCCAUCCUGCACCUCCACGAGAGUGGGCACUCGCUCUCAUGCAGUCUUUCCGCCGCACCUUCAAUGUGGAGAACAACGCUCUCCGGUCCAACCACCCGUACGCUCUCCGCCCCGGUCAGACAACGCAAACUCUGCUCUUCUUCGAGUUCCGUUCGUACGGGCCGCCGACGUCAGACUUUGGGCGACCCGGCGACGUCUAUAUCGAUCUCUCCCCGACUCGGCAUGCGUUGUACUGGCGCGAGCGGAAUGUUGAUCAAGGGAUGGGUGCCGGGGACUGGUGCUGCUGGAGCGGGAUUACCUGCGACCCGCAGAUGCAGGCGCGUCAUCCGUGGGUGCGCAGCAGCGGCGACGUCUACCUCUCGGUCGAUCUCGACGGUGUUCAUUGGGCUUCGAUCGAGGAGAUUUCCGCGAGUCGGAUGCGAAUGGGAUUGCCGCUCGCCCCACGGGGAGGCCUGGACCCCCGUUCAAUGACUGCGGAGGUGCUGGGAAGGAUGCUGACACAAGAGCAGCAGCGGAGAUCAACAGUCUCCCCGACACUCACAAGCCCGCACGUGCUUUCUCCCCUUUUGCAUCACCGCGCGGGGACACCAGCGCCACUCUCGGCUGUCGCCAACUCCGGCGGACCCUUAGUCAGCGCACACGACAAAAAGCGGCGCCGAGCGAGUAUGGGCGUCCCACCGUCGUCAAUGAAUUCGAGUGCUAGUUCGACGGCCUCAUUUGGAGGACCUCUCGUUCAUUCUCCUUCUUCUUCUUCGACCGCUCUACUCAGCCAACCACACCCUUUCUAUGGCCUGCCCCGCGGCAUGCCUGAGGCGCCUCCCGUUCUCUCGCCGGAUAAUCCGAUCAUCUAUGCAGACUUGCCGCAAUCAGAACGUGUCCGAGCAGCUCAUCUGGCGCUCGACCGCAUGCGUUUUGCGCAGGACGCGGAGAUGAAUGCUAAACACGCUCUGAAAGAGAAGAAUGGGGAGCUGGCACAAGCUCGUCAACGAGAGAAAGACAUAAUCAGCAGUACGCAGCGGAAACCCUAUCUAAUCUCUGCAGAUGCUUAUCCCCCCCAAGUCUCGUAUCACUAUCAAAAACGAGAACGCGAGCUCGUCGCGGCUCUCGCCGCCGCCGAACAAAGAUCCUCGGCCGGCCUCGAGGAACUGAGAAGCUCGGCCCAGUCAAUGAAACAGCAAGCCGAUGCGGCCCGCGAACAAACGAACCAUGCUGUUCUGCAAGUACAACAGUCCCAAGCAGAACUCGAAGCCGCGCAAAGAGAGCUGCGCGAACUUCAGCGAAGACCAUUUGAAGAAUAGCUGGAACCCAGUUGAAGAUACUGUUUCGCCCCAUUGACAUUGUAUUUGUAAAACAGAGCCAGAAUUCCUUGUAUACGACUCUCGGACUCGUGUUGUAGGACACUUAGUCAUUCUUUCCAUUGCUAUUUUAUACAA